ACAUCUCACCAUGUAUUGUUUUUGACAGCAAAUGGCGGACAACGCCGGUGGAGAACGUGGAGGUUUCCGUGGAGGUUUUGGUAGUGGCGACCGGGGUCGCGGCCGUGGACGCGGUAGAGGCCGCGGUCGUGGUCGUGGACGCGGUGCCAGGGGCGGCAAGUCCGAGGACAAGGAAUGGGUGCCAGUGACCAAGCUGGGUCGCCUUGUCAAGGACAUGAAGAUCAAGUCUCUAGAGGAGAUUUACCUUUACUCCCUGCCUAUCAAGGAGUCAGAGAUUAUUGACUUCUUCCUGGGGUCUGCGCUGAAGGAUGAGGUGCUGAAAAUCAUGCCUGUCCAGAAGCAGACCAGAGCUGGUCAGCGCACCAGGUUCAAGGCCUUUGUUGCCAUCGGUGACUACAACGGCCAUGUUGGCCUGGGGGUGAAGUGCUCCAAGGAGGUGGCCACUGCCAUCCGCGGGGCCAUCAUCCUGGCCAAGCUGUCCAUUGUCCCCGUGAGGAGAGGAUACUGGGGAAACAAGAUCGGCAAGCCUCACACCGUGCCCUGCAAGGUGACGGGUCGUUGUGGCUCGGUCCUGGUGCGUCUGAUCCCUGCCCCCCGUGGUACCGGCAUCGUCUCCGCCCCGGUGCCCAAGAAGCUGCUCAUGAUGGCUGGUAUCGAUGAUUGCUACACAUCUGCCAGGGGAUGCACAGCCACUCUGGGCAACUUUGCCAAGGCUACUUUUGAUGCCAUCUCCAAGACCUACAGCUACCUGACCCCUGACCUGUGGAAGGAGACAGUCUUCACAAAGUCUCCCUACCAGGAGUUCACUGAUCAUCUGGCGAAGACCCACACCCGGGUGUCUGUCCAGAGGACCGCAGCAGCUGUCCAGGCAACCUCCUAAAUACUGACAACACUGUUGAUUAAAGGGUUGUGAAACUAUUCA